AUGACCGAGAUCAGAUCAAUAGACGUCGGAACGGUGAGUGCUAUAGAAGACAUCGAGAAGCUCGUUCAUCAAGACCUCUUAGGAGUUAAGCCGACGGAAAUGUGCACCUGCAGUGAAAAUGCUUUGCGUGAGAACAGGUUCGUGAAAGCCCUCUCAGCUUCGACUACAUUGGAGAACGGCAGGGUGCAAGUAAAAAUGCCAUGGAAAGAAUCUGGACCUCCGAAACAAAGUAACUAUGGCAUUGCUCUAAAGAGAAUGUAUUCCGCGGAGAAGUCGUUUAAGAAGAAAGACUGCUUUGAAAUCGUGGAUCAAGAGGUUCAGAAACUUGUGGAUCAAGGCUUUGUGAUCAAGGUAGCAAGAUACCAUGGUCUCUCCCUCAAUGAUCAUCUUGAGAAGGGGCCGAAUUAUAUCAACAGUCUACCCAAUGUUCUAAUAGCAUGGCGAUGGGAUGAAGUUGCGUACGCUGGGGAUAUUCGGAAGAUGUUCAACCAAGUAUUGGUACACCCGGAUGACCAGGUCUUCCAUAGGUUCCUGUGGAGAAAGAAUCAGCAUGAUCUUCCCACCGUGUACCAGUGGCUCAGACUAAAUUUCGGCGACAAGCCAGCCCCUCAAAUUGCUUCGAAUGCAAUAAACAUCCUGGCCAAGACUUCACAUGAUGAUUUCCCUGAAGCAGCAAAGGAACUUCAAGAACGAACGUACGUUGACGACAUUGGUGGAUCCAGGCCAACCACUGCGGAGGCCAAGCAAGUCACAACUGCAAUUGACGAAGUGCUCGCGAAAGGUCAGUUCCAGAUCAUAGCGCGGCAUUCAAACUGCCAGUACGUUGAUCAAACCAGUGGUGAACGUUAUACAGAUUUGCUUUGCCAUAACCCAGGUCUCGUGGCAACCGCAACACUUAAGUUUGGAAUUGACCUGCAAGAACUAUGGAGGGCUGGAUAUGGUUGGGACGACAUCCUCCCAGAAGCAACACAACAUAAAUGGAAGGGGAAUGAAGAAGCAAUAAAUCGACUUCUUACCUGCAAAUGUGACCGAAAACUCAAACCAACGGAAGCAAUCGGCUCACCUCAAGUACACGGCUUUGCUGACGGAGGAGAGCUGGGAUAUGGAGCAGUCAUUUUCCUCCGCUGGAAGCUUCGUGAUGGAAGUCACCAAUGUGUCCCGGUAAUUGUCAAGCCUUUUGUUGCCUCGCUAAAACAAGGAACUAUCCCUCGACUGGAACGCUUGGGAUACCUAGUACUCACAAGGCUUUACAACACGUGUCAAGGGCGCUAG